CACUGCAUCACAGUUAUGUAACCUCCAGGGUAUCGGUUUGGGCCAGGAGGAAAGAGCCGCUCCUCUUCACUUCUCUGUGGAGACAUAUGAGUUGCAAACCCACGCAGACUCGCGUGGGUCCUGCGUGCUGCUCUGCACCGUGGAUCACACGGACCUCGUGAAGGGAAUGCUCAACGACGCCCCCCGCCCCCCAGUCGGAUCGGCUCAUCUUCCGCCGGCACUCCUCUGCUGCUGACAUGUGGACACUCCGCUUCACGGACACGCAGACAUGACUACACUUUUUCUGAAUGUAAUCUUCACUCUUUUCUAGUUUUUCUUUCUUUCUUUCUUGUCCCUCGUGGGGGGAAGAUGGCUUGGCCGUGCAUCAGCAGAGUUUGCUGCCUGGCUCGCUUCUGGAACCAGUUCGACAAAUCGGAUCUGUCCGUCCCCCUUACUAUCCAGAACUACUCGGACAUCGGCGAGCAGGAGGUUCGGUCCGUGACCAAACAGGUUUUGGAUGCGGAGCGCCCACCGCCCAACGACUUCCGAGCCAGAGGCGCCCCGCGGGCUCCCGUGGACGGUUCGGGGACCCGGGGGUCCUUCAGGGCACGGAGGGAGCCCAGCUACAAACCCCGAGAGGACUACCACCGGCCGGGAGUGCCUUUCCCCAGCACCACUCAGUAUAAACAGGAUUUCAAACCCUGGCCGAUCCCCAAAAAAGAGAAUUUCCCUUGGGUUAGUAAUGGGGCCAGCAGGGCGGACAGUGGUUCGGACAGCCCGGGGAAGGGGCAGAGGCCGGGGGAGCAGGAGACCAAAACCAGCUCUUACAGGCAGGAGUACAGGCCGUGGCCGGGGGUGAAGCCGGCCGAAAGUGCAAAGAGAAAUCCCCCCACUCAGUAUUAUAGCCCAGGGACAGAGCCCAUCCCACGAGAGACCAGCUACCAGGCUGCCUACAGCGGGGAGAGCAGCAGGUCUGUAGCUGUGCAUCCGGGGGAGUCCGGUUUUGCCUCCAGCGCACAGCCUCAUCCUGCCACCCAGCACACUGCCCCACAUGUCUGCAGCUCACAGAGUCCCCCCAGCCUCCAGCCCAAGAGGACGGAGUCCAGUGGAGCAGGCAAAGCUGAGGAGCAUCUGGUGAGGACCAAACUCCCCCCAAACCCGUCUGCUGUGUUUCAAAGUGGAUCAAGGGUCUUCAACAUCUGACAGCUGGAACCCAUCCCCAUUCCCCCUCUAUUCCACUUCAGUCACUUUCAAUUUUAAGGAAACGACAGGAGAGCGCUCGUCAGUUCUGCAACACAAGGAUCUAUGCAAGAGAAUGUGUUGUUGUGAAGCCUGUGCAUCUGCAGCUCUGUGUCCCAAGUUGAGACAGAUCCCCCCUUUCCCAUUUAUGUUACUAUGGAAACAAAAAUGCAUGCAACUUAGUAGGUAUGAAACAAGCAAUUUAAAAAAAAAAAUGUUUCUUCCUACAGCUGUAAACGCACAAAAAAACCCAGGUUGUUGUGUGUUUGUGUGCCUGCUUGUUUUUCCUUCUAUUGUACUUAUUUAAUGCAGCAAGGAGUAAGGAUGUGUUUGACUGCAAUUCUGUGCUACUAUGCUCCUCAUGUUUGUGGAUGCUUGCUUGAGAAUAAGUUAUUUCCUUCAUAGUAUUUAGUUAUAUUACUAUUUUGGGGACAUGUAGUUGGAUCUUUUUGUACAUGUUGAUGUCAGAGGAAAAGAGCAAAUAAUAAUGUGACUUGAAUGACAAAAUAUUAUCUAGGUUUCUAGCA